GGCUGUGCUAUUACCACAAUAUUUGCGGCGUUCGGUAUUUAUAUAUUUAUAUUUGAUUUUUUUCGGUUUAUUUCUUUACGUAAAGCUGCGUCAAGCGUCCAAGUUGAGACACUCCUACAAUUGCAAGAUAACCGCGACUGCGCGCGUGUUUCCACCGCUUCGAUCGCAGAUCGGUGGUAAUAUAUUUCUUUUAUUUUUCCACUUAUCCAGGGGCUGUGCGAGUGGGGGCGUAUCGAUGGCUCUGCCCCCCGGGCCUGUGGCCACAUCCGCCCCUGGUUGGGCCAGCCACUGCUCCGCCGUGAUUUCAUGGCACAGCAAUUCACACAGCACUUCAGUUUGACUUUGCCACUCGCUCCGCUUUGUGUUGGUUUCUCAGAAGGGGGAACUUGAUCCAGCUCACUUUAUUAUUUUUUUUUGGAUAUUAUCCGCCCACCUCUGAAGUCUCUUGGCGGAGUUCUUGUUGAUUUGUCGCGGUAAUUACCCCAUUAGGCCUGCAUCGUUAUCGUAAAAUGCCACGACAUCUGAUACUGCUGGCCAUCGUUUCCCUGGCUCUGGUUAUGGCCAAGCCGGCAACGGAGGCGCCACGUCUCCUUAUCGACUCGGCGCCCUCCGUGGUCUCCUACCAGGGCUCCUCCCAGAGGCAGACGCGCUUCGUCAUCGCCCCCAUGGGUCGGUCUCUCGGCUACGUGGAACCUACGAACCUGAAUCGAACCUUUCACACCACGGCCACGCAGGAAGGCGGUGGCACGGGCUACGAGCAACUUAACCUGAGUCCGGUUUACGUUCCCAACAGUUGAGCAAUGAGAGUACUUAGUAUUAGCUAGUUAAUUCUGUAAAUAAAGGCUACAUGUAUAACAGUA